CGCCCCACAGCGCCCGCUGCCCUUAGGCUGCGCUUCCUGGUGAAGCAGCUGGACUCGGGCGAGGUGAACGUGGAGGAGCUCAAGCGGAACCUGGAGUACGCGGCCUCCCUGCUCGAGGCCGUCUACAUCGACGAGACCCGGCAGAUGCUGGACACGGAGGAUGAGCUGCGGGAGAUGGGCUCGGAUGCGGCCGUGCCCUCGGAGGUGCGGGAUUGGCUGGCGGCCACCUUCACGCAGCAGGCGCGGGCCAAGGGCCGCCGGGCCGAGGAGAAGCCCAAGUUCCGGAGCAUCGUGCACGCGGUGCAGGCCGGCAUCUUCGUGGAGAGGAUGCUUCGCCGGUUGUACACAGCCGUGGGGCCCACUUACUCCAGCUCCGUCCUCAACUGCCUGAAGAGCCUCGAUGUGUGGUGCUUCGAUGUCUUCACACUGAACCAGAUGACGGAGGAGCACUCCCUGAGGACCAUCGUCUUCGAGCUCCUCACCCGACACAACCUCAACAGCCGCUUCAAGAUCCCGGCUGUCUUCCUGAACACGCUGCUGGAUGCACUGGAAACGGGCUAUGGGAAGUACCGGAAUCCCUACCACAACCAGGUCCACGCUGCCGACGUCACCCAGACCGUCCACUGCUUCCUGGUCCGCACGGGCAUGUUGCACUACCUGACGGAGCUCGAGGUCCUGGCCAUCAUCUUCGCGGCCGCCAUCCAUGACUACGAGCACACGGGCACCACCAACAGCUUCCACAUCCAGACCAAGUCAGACUGCGCCAUCCUGUACAACGACCGCUCGGUGCUGGAGAACCACCACAUCAGCGCCGCCUUCCGGCUCAUGCAGGACGAGGAGAUGAACAUCUUCGUCAACCUCACCAAGGACGAGUUCGUGGAGCUGCGGGCGCUGGUGAUCGAGAUGGUGCUGGCCACAGACAUGUCCUGCCACUUCCAGCAGGUCAAGAGCAUGAAGACGGCGCUGCAGCAGCUCGAGAGGAUCGACAAGUCCAAGGUGUUGUCGCUGCUGCUGCAUGCAGCUGACAUCAGCCACCCCACCAAGCAGUGGUCGGUGCACAGCCGCUGGACCAAGGCCCUCAUGGAGGAGUUCUUCAGGCAGGGGGACAAAGAGGCCGAGCUGGGGCUCCCCUUCUCGCCGCUCUGCGACCGCACGUCCACGCUGGUGGCCCAGUCCCAGAUUGGGUUCAUCGACUUCAUCGUGGAGCCGACCUUCUCCGUGCUGACCGAUGUGGCCGAGAGGAUGGUGCUGCCCACGGCCGAGGAGGGCACCAAGGGCAAUGGCAACGCCGUGGGCAACCAGCAGGGCAGCUCGCAGUGGCGGCAGCCGGGCCUGGAUGAACACGUGGACGUGGGGGACAUCAAGGCCAACCUGGCCACGUUCCGCUCCACGUGGCUCAAGUACCUGCAGGAGAACAAGCAGAAGUGGAAGGAGCGGGCAGCGAGCGGCAUCACGGACCAGUCAUCCAUUGAUGAGCUCUCCCCCAGUGAGGAGCAACCGGGGCCCGACCAGCACCGGCACAACGGGGACGUGGAUUAAUGCGAGGUGGGAACACUGGGAAUACCGGGAACAGC